UUGCCUGGUGGAUGCCUCGCCACCCACCAUUCGCUCCCAUCCUGUCCGCACCCUCUUGCUCACGUGCGUUCUCUUUUACGCCGUGUCUGGGAUUUGGGAUUCUGUUUCAUCGGCGACGAAGGCUGGGUUUGUUGUGUGUGUGUGUGUGUGUGCAGGGUAGUUGGAAGGGAGGAGGAGGGAGGGGAGGGGUUUGGGAGUGCGGAUUGACAGUGCUGGGUGCAGUUUUUGGAGUUGGGUUUGGGGGUGAGGAGGUUUGGAAAGGCAGGCUGUGUCCAAGUGGGGGAUUUGCGUGCGUUGUAGAUGUUGUGUACGCGGUGGGGCGGGAGCUAGGCCGGAGCCGUGGCUUGUGACUGAGGCCGGCAGCUGGGCCUCCAGCCCGGAGCUGCAACCAUGUUCACCAAUGUCUUCCGCAUUGGAGGACUACACCAAAUGUCAUGGUUUCAAUUCCUUGCGGAGGGAGAGACUCUUUCUCCCAAUUUUCCUUCUAGGAAGGACAGACCGCAACAGGAUAUAGCUGCAAUGCAGAUGAUGAGGGCACACAUGUGGCUUCAAGAGACGGGUUAUCUGAGUAGCUGGACCAUUUCAGAUGGUAAAGUAAAACUAUGGCUGUUUUUACCAGGGCGACAUGACAGCCCCAACCCCCGGGUUCAUGUUGCAGUUACAGGUCUUAAAGCACUUGCUUCUGGACUUUGGCGUGCGCCUGGGGAAUGCACUGAAAUUGGUUUUGCCUUGGACCGGGCACUGCGAAAUCGAAUAGAAAAAGGACUUCAAACUGUGUCCUAUGUUCGAUUUGGGGAUGUAUUUAUCAAGUGCUUGCGACAAAGUACCAACGAGUUGAACUUGAGGAAGUCGCUUUUCAGCUGCGAUCUUAUGUUAACAACAAGCAGCGACUCCAUCUUUGUGCACAUAUUGGUGCGCCGAAAGAGAGUUCGGCAGCUUGUAUUCAGUGAUUUGCAGGCAGCACUUUCUCAGCAGAGAUCCAGCUUGGGUGUAGGUGGCAACAGUCUUGCAGUUGUUGUGGCCCCAAAUGGGUUGUCUGGUCGGCUCACUGGGUGCUCUCCUAAUGAUUUAGUGACACAGCUGUAUAAAAGCAAGCUGCAGGCAUAUGACGCAUCAUCCCUCCCGUUCCGUGUCGUAGGAUCUACAUCAGCAGUUGGAACUUCACCAGUGCAACAAUGUUAUGCAGAAGUAACGUUAGAUGAAUUCUCAGGCAACACAAUAACUAACAGGUCUUCUGCUCCUGGGGUUGCAAAUACUAAGAUGCACGGAAAAUCAAGGAAUGCAGGAGACCGUGGGCAUGUUUUAGUUUAUCCAUUGGACGCAGUUCUUGCACCUAUGCGGCCGCUAGUUCCUACUCAACCGCUUACUCGAAGAUGUUGGUUUCAAGAAUGGGCAGGCACAACUUGGCUGGAAGACUGGACGAAAGAGGAAAUCCUUCCUUCAAAUAGAAAAAACGGUCUCGAUGAUGGUGAAAGCAGAGAGAAGUCAAGUAUUACUGGAAUUGGUGUUAAUGGCUCUGUUCCUGGUCACAGUAAUGGGCCUGGCAUGAGCAGCAAUAGUAGUGGAGGUAGAAGUAGCGACAGCAGUCAAGGCAGUAGUGACACUUCCAGUUCAAGCGAUGUUGACGGAGAUGGAUUGGGAGAAAUAGAAGCUGAUGGAGAUUCUUUGGGAAGUAAGGGAGUUGGAGCUUUAAUCUCAAAGAACAGUGACAUGCAUAUUCCUUCCACAUCAUCACAGGGACUGGAUAUGGAUAUCGGUGAUAUGAAAAACUCACAUGGUGCUUAUUCUCAGUGCACUAAAAGAGGGCGUCAAGUAAAAUCAAUUGCUGCCUUUGAUCCACCCUCGAAGGCUCUGAAACGCUCCAGUAGCAUUGGUAACGAUGUUCUGAGUCUUAUGGAUGGAACAAACAGUGAUAAGAAGGGAACAAGUUUUUUGGGAGAAUCUAGCGGAUUAGGGGGUGGUAUCAUUGGAGGUGGAAGUCAGCUUGGGAACCCUUGGGAUCAGUGGGAUAAUAAUGACACCUUUGAUAUGGGCCUAGGCAUGGAUAUACAAAGUGAUGCUGACAUCCUAGCUGAGUUCAGAGAUUUUGGAGAUUUUUUUGAAGAUGAUGGACUUGGGUUUGGCGAGCCCCCUGACACAGCUGAAUCUCAAGCACUGAUGUUCUCUCUCCCGGAUUAUGGGGAGGUCAGUCAGACUCCUGGCACUGCACCUUUGGAUGUAUCAGAUCCGCUGGUGCUUCCUAUUCUUGAUUUUCCUAUGUUAGGAAUGGAUCAAAAUACAGGGGACCUUCUAAGUGACAUAAAACCUACUUCGUCAAUGGAAGUUUCUCAGGCUCCUAUUGAAGGGCCUUCAUCUCCUUCUCGGCAUUCUCCUGAGCUCAAUUUACGAUUGAAGUCUGAAGCUAUGCUCUGUUUUGCUUCCGGAUUUGAGCCUGUUGACAUGGCCAGCGUGCCAGAUGUAGGCGUGUCUACUUUAAGGGACCCAUAUGUACCUGCGUCGAAAAGAAAUGCUCCCAAGUCCGUUCAGAAGGACCUUUAUCAGUACUCAGCAGCACCCAUUUCAUACGCAAAGCCCGAAAGAUCUGAUGUUGGGAAGGAUGAACAAAGAAGCACGAAGUCUCCCAACGAAUCUGGUGAAUCCAAAAGGAAGGAGCUAACGGCUGAUUAUAUUGUUGUCUCAGGCGCACAUGGAUCCAAGCAUCUGAAUGGCAAGUUGCUUACCUCUGUUGAUGAAGGUCCUGAUAGAGCUGCAGGUACGACUCUGGAAUCUAACAAGCAGUCAGCGGAUACCAGUGGUGGUGGCAAAGGACCUCAGAUUCCAGGGGAUCCUUUCUCUGCUCAAUUUCCAUCCACUGUGAAACUUAAAGAGAGUACAAAAUCAUCCAUUCGAUCCCCUGUUGCUGUAUUAGCAACCGAGUUGGAGUGUGCUCUACUGCAGGUGAUGAAAUGCCUCACAGAGGAUUCUCCCCCUUCUGUUUCUGGCAAUUCAGUUGCAGCAAGCCCAGGAAUUGAGGCAGCUAGAUCUUUUCCGUUGCCGUCAAAAGAUGGUGGGUCUGACAUCACUCAGGUACAAUUCGACCUUCUAGCUCAGUCUGCGAGUGGCCUUCCUAAGACUCAGCGAGAGCGGCAAAAGAAAGUACCAGAGAGAAUCGCUGGUUUUGCGGAUGGUGACAUGCAUGAUGGUGGAAGCCGAAUUGCUCAGGUUGGUGUGUGGCGUCCCGUGGGUGUUUCGAAACCAUUGCGAUCAACCAACACCUCCAGAUAUGCAAAUUCUGUAGAUUUUCCCUCGCGUGUGUCAAACUCGACCUCUACUGUAGACCUGGACAUGGACGAUGUUACGGCUUCUGGCGAAAGUCAGAGACAAUGGCGGGAGCUUCUAGAAGCUGUUCCGAUGCUGGCGCAGCAAGCGUCUAUAGCAGUGGAUGUUUCACUGGAUGGGCGAUAUGGGGAUGGACCAUUUGGCUGGUUAGCUGCACAAGAGGUGCAGAGGCAGCAACGCAAGAGCAGUGCAGAUUGCAGUCAAGAAGGAGGAGGGGGCAUGCUGUCUUUCACGAGGUGUCUUGACCAGUCAGGAAUGGAAAUACUUGAUCCACUAUCUGAUCAGAUUUCAGCAGCAACAGCAUCCAACCUUCUCCAGUCUGAUAUGAGGGUGGCAAUGGCCAACGCUUUUGGAGAUGGUGCUGCCGAUGGACCCUUGGCUCUUGUUGAUUGGUGUAAAGGCUUUGUGCAAUCCUCAGAUGGUGGACUUUGUGCAGAGAGUACAAAUACAGAAGUGAAUAGCAUUGUUACUGUUGUGGGAGAAUCUAUGACUCCGUCCCAGUCUGGUGGGGGUUUGAAAGGGGCUGACAUUGACGACAUAAGGCGGAACAGCAGCAGUAGUCGUGCUAUUGAUUCGUCGUCUCUUUCGGAUCAGACUGACCCUUCUCAAAGGAGAGGGUUGAGCGAUGAUUCUGCUGUUAGUCACGCUGAUGCCUUCGGCUACAAUGAAACCUCUAUUCUCGCUCUUCCCACACCAUCCUUGCUUGUUGGUUACCAGGAGGAUUGGUUAAAGACAUCUUGCAGUGCUCUUCAUCUCUGGGAGAAGGCUCCGCUUGAACCAUAUGCACUUGCUAAACAGGUGAACUAUCAUGUGAUAUGUUUAGCUUCAGAACCGCUUGUUACUGCUGCUGCGGAUUUUUUCCAGCAACUCAGCUCUGUGUAUGAAAUUUGUCGGCUUGGCUCUCACCUGCCGUCUGGAACAGCCGCUGGGCCAACUGGUUCAGUCGGAAGUUUUAGCAAACAGUCGCUAUCUGGCUUUACUCUUGUGGAUGUGCCUGGUGUAUCUCACUCAGGUGCACGUGGGGAGUUCCACAACGCAUCUAACUAUAGCUUGGCUAAGGCUUUUAUGGGUGAUAUGGCUGCGAAUUGGAAUAUGGCGGAAUAUAGGAAGGCUCUCAGGAAAGUUUGUAAGGCAUUGCCCUUGUCAUCUGGAUCCUCAGCUAAUCAGAGGGAACUAGAACUCGGCCCGUCCACGGUUGUUUACGUUGUGUGUCCUGUUUCGGACCCUGCUGGGAUACUUCAAACCAUGGUUGAUGCUUGUGCAAGCUUAGGCUCUGCUAUAACAGGAGCUGAUUCUCAACGUCAUGCACCAUCGACAUCAGGAGAGGACACCAUGCCCCCCAGCCUUUUAGGAUUUUCAAACCCUCGGUUUUGUUUACAGUUGAUUACCGCUGAAACAAUAUUCAAGAGUAGUGGACCCCAAGCCUCAUGUGUAGAUGUCUUAAAAGAGGUUGCAAUGGGUGUGUACAAUAAAGUUCGUCGCAUACCACGUCACUCUCAAAAGGCAGAGUAUCUGCAGAAUUCUGGAGCUUCUGAUGCACGUGGUCAGUUUGGGAACACUGUAAAUCCUUCGGGAUUGCAAUCAAAUACCCCCAUGCCUGGUCUUUGGAAAGACUGUAGCGGUCAACGAGGCAGCGGCCAUGCUACAAUUGCUACAUUGAAUUCCAGUAAGAACCACAACAUAUGGGAUGGUGGUUGGAAGUCAUCUACACAAACUGAUAUAGGUACCGCAAUUAAUCAAGUAACUGAUGAAAAUGUAAGAUAUCUGUAUGAGCCUGCGUACAUCCUCGCUAGAAGUGGUGCUCAAGCUUCAGCCGUAGCCUUUUGUUCUGAUGCCAUACGUGAUGCGGUGGCUGGUUGCAACCCCAGGGCUACUGGUAAUGCGAGUAGCGGAUCUGACGUAGACUCUACUGCAAUAACGGAAAGAAUGGAUGCGGAUGCAAAUGGUGUUGCUGAACAGGCUGCUGACCUUUAUUGCUGCUAUACUUGGUCAGUGGAUUGGAAUUGGUUGGUGUCAGUGUGGACUGAUGCUAGAGGAGAACUUUUGGACACCCAAUUGCUAUCUUUGACUGGAAUUGAUACUACAAGAGAGAAUUGUCUGCAGAUAUUAUUUCAUCAGAUUUUACAGCAAGGCCUACAGCUGUUGAAUUUGGCGGUUGAAGCAGGCAGCUGUAGAUCUCGAGGGUUGAAUAUCACCCGCCUUGGUGGAUUUUAUGCCAAAGAAAGUCAUGAAUGGCAUCGGGUCAUAAUGGCAGCAGGAGCUGAUGAAGUACGAAAGUGGCCGGUCCAGAUAGGACACCCGGACUGUCAUACUUCCAGUUGUGUGGGAGGAGCGAGAAGUUUAUCGGACAUGGGGUUGAUGUCUGACAGAGGUCUUGGCCUUGGUGGCAGUGGACCAACCUCACCUAUUCCCUCGUCCUCUUCAUUCGGUGGACGCGAGAAGACUUCUCAUUCCAGUAAACCUGGAGUAGAUAUGAGCUCCGGGCUAAACCGACGGCAGAAUCAAGCUUCGAAUCAAAUGGGACCAACUGAGUCUACCAUGGAAAUGUUCAAAUGGGUUCACAGUGUAAGCUUGGUUUCUGUGCGUGUGGAUCAGAGUCUACAGAUUCUUUCUACUACUGAGGGACCUGCUGAGGGAACUUCCUCGUCAGGACCUUCAUGGCCAGCAGGCUCCGGCUCCGUUUUAAGUGGAGUGGUGAGCGUGGGUGUAAAUACGGUGAAAACGCUAGCAUGGACGGGGGCGUCAUAUUCGAUUGUUCCUUCUCACGUGAAUCGACCCCUGUCUACUUCCUCGGUGGAGCUUCUCUUGAAAUGCCCACAUACUGAGCAAUCCCCUUUGGCACAGCUGCUCCAAAGCACUGGGCUUGCUUGUCCAGUCUCCACCGCCUAUACUGUUUCAGCAGGUACAAGCUCCACUAUUAAUGACUUCGCUCAAAGAAGUAAGGAGGACUGGCCUUCUACUAUGAGCAUGGGAUUGGUUGCCCAUUACGGUACCUCCACUACGGCCCAAGACUCUUCUGGCGUUGCCACGUCAUCUAAAGGCGUUAAGCCAGCAGUCGUGGAAUCGAAGGAACAAGCACUGGAAGUGCAACGAAUCCUACAAACUGUGGCUUCAGAUCUGCAUGCUUUGUCUUGGCUUAACGUUGGCGUUACCUGCGUUCAGCGUAGAUCACCCCUUCCCUUUCACUGUGAAGUUGCGCAGCGCACCCAACGUUUGCUUGACUUUUUAGAUGCUGAAUUUGGAUAUGGGUCAACAACCAUUUCAUAGGGGUUUACACUCAUAGUUUGACAGAGGUUUGGUAUGUUGUGCAGCGGUGUUACUCUCUCAGUUCUCCGCUAUUCUUUUCUCAACUGUGCAGUUGAGGUUGUGUAUUUUGUUAUAUUCCGAGGUUUCAAAAAGGGUUCUUGCCACGCAUUGGUUUCCAACA